AUGGUGCCUCUAUGUGUUUGGCGAAACAUUCCUUCAUCUGCUCUAAAUAUCAAUCAUUUACGUAUAUUUGGAUGCGCUGCUUAUACUACUUUACCUGCUUCCAAUAGAGAUGGGAAAUUUGCUCCUACAGCCAUUGCUGGUAUUCACGUUGGUUAUGAUUCUGACCAUAAAGGCUAUCGUAUCUUUUAUCCUCCGUCGAAGAAAAUAUAUGUGUCUACCCAGGUGAAAUUUGAUGAAAUGGUUUUCCCAUUAGAAAAUUCCAAAGCCACGGUUGAAUCCCAUGACUUUGCUACUUCCGUGAUAGGGGGGAUUCCAGUGUAUCCAUCAACUGGUGCUGUGUUGGGGGUUCCAAGAAAAGCCAUCGAACCCAUAACUGACAGCAGUGACAAAUGCGAUGAGCCUACAGAACGUGAGUCUAGUGUAAUCUCAGAUCUGGCAGAUGAACCUGAGAUGAUUUCAGAUUCAGAAGAGUUAAGUACCACUUCCCAUGCUACAGCAGAGGAAUUACUUGCCGAGAUCAAUAAUAUUACAAAAACCCAUGAGACCACUAUCUCACAGGCUCAAGAUCAAAUUACUGCUGUCACUGACGAAAAUAAACGUCUUACUGACGCUCUCCAUUCAGCUACUAACAUGGUAGAACAGUUACGUCGCCACCCCAAGAGAAGCAAUCCUCCUCCAACGGAUAUCACACCUACGGAUGCUUUACUUCCUACUUCUCAACCCACCAAGAAGCGGGGGGUUAUGCUGGAGAACGAUCUGCCAUCAAUUCCUAUUGUCACCCAAGUCACAACACCUGACGAUCAGGUCAUUCGUGCUGUUACUCAAUCUACUGCUUCCGAACCUACUUCUCUUGAAGAACUUCAUUCAGCGGCUAUACGCUCUCAUCCUAAUUGGUCUCCAAGUGGCUUUCCAAUUGGCGAUCUUUCAAUUCCUGACUUUAAUACUACUGGUAUUACUCCUGGCUCUUUUAUUUCUGCUGAUAAUCAUGGUGGUUCAGUCAGAACUAUUAUAUCUCCUCUUUUCAACCAACUAUCAUCGAAUCCUCCAUCCCCUUCUGCAUCUGACUCUUCUUUUAUAAAUGUUUCGGCUCAGCACUUAGCAUUAAGUGCUGUUGCAACGGCCUUUUCUUCUCAAGGCCUACUAUCUGCUGCUCCCAAUACCAUUAAACAAGCCAUGGCUCGCCUCGAUGCUAACAUCUGGCGGGCUGCGUGUGAAAAAGAACUAAAUGCUUUUCAAAAGCAAUCUACUUUUAAACUUGUUCCUGCUCCAGGUGACGCUCGUCCUUUAGGUACUCGUUGGGUAUUCACCCUUAAGAGUAACAAUACUGCCAAAGCUAGGCUAGUUGCUCAAGGUCACCGACAACGUGCGAGUAUUGACUAUACAGAAACAUUUUCGCCGGUUAUUCAUUAUGCGUCAGUUCGGGUAUUUCUGGCGCUUUCUGCUACUAUGAGUUAUUUGAUUCACCAGAUGGAUGUUGACACAGCUUUCCUAAAUUCUAAAUUGGAUGAACCUGUGUACGUUCGUCAGCCUCCUGGAUUUAUUGACACCAAUCAUCCUGAUUGGGUGUGGAGACUAGAGGGGGAUGUACGGGUUGAAGCAAUCGCCGCUACUACGGAAUAA